AUGGAUGGAAACUUAUCAGCUGCCAUGGUAAUGGACUCCACAGACUCUAAGAUACAACAGCUUCAGAAAGCAUUUGCUGAGCUGGAAAGCCACCGAGCUAUCACUCUUGAUUUGAAAUGGAAACAGCUCGAGGAGCAUUUUCACGGGCUCCAAAAAUCUUUGAAAAGACGUUUCACUGAACUUGAAGAACAAGAAAAGGAAUUCGAAACCAAAAUAUUCGAAUCAAAAGAGGUUCUCGAGAAGCGUAAAGCAGCCGUUUUGGCUAAGGAGCAAUCUUCUCUUGAGAGGCUUCAAGAGAAACGGGAUGCUGCGGUAUCGUCCAUCUUAAGUGCCAUGGGGAAGCACGAGUAUCCAGAUUCUCCUGUUUCAUGUGUUGAUUAUGAAGAGAAUCAAGUUGAAGUUGAACCACAAGUUCUUGAGGAAAAAACAUCUGAUGCACCAAAACCUGCCGAAAUUAUGAACAUCGAGGUGAAGUCUUAUCCGGAGUUGGUGAAAUUGUGCCGAGAGAUGAACUCUGAGGGACUUCAUAAAUUUAUAUCCGAAAACCGAAAGGAUCUCGUUACUUUAAGAGAUGAAAUUCCUAUUGCUUUGAAGGCUGCGGCUGAUCCUUUCUCUCUAGUUCUCGACUCGCUCAAGGGUUUCUAUGGUGGUGACAUUCAAAACUCAGAUUCCAAAAAGGACUCGAAUCUCUUAGGCAUUCGUCGAUCGUGUAUUAUGCUGAUGGAGUGCCUUAGCAGUUUAUACUUGAAUGUGACUGUGGACUCACUUUCUGAUAUUAUAUCGGAUAAUGCUAAGGAGAGGGCCAAAGCUAUUGCUGAAGAGUGGAAGCCAAAGUUGGAUUAUCUCGACGUUGAUGCCAGCAAUGGGAAUUCAUUAGAGGCCCAUGCAUUCUUGCAGCUUUUGGCCACUUUUGGAAUUAAUUCGAAUUUUGAUCAGGAUUGUUUGUCUAAAUUAAUUCCCAUGGUUUCCCGCCGGCGGCAAACAGCUGAAUUGUGCCGUUAUCUUGGCUUGUCAGACAAAAUGCCAGGUGUGAUUGAUGUGUUGGUAAAGAAUGGAAGACAAAUUGAUGCUGUCAAUUUAGCAUUUGCCUUUGAGCUUACCGAUCAGUUUUCACCUGUUGUAUUACUGAAAUGCUACUUGUCUGAGGCCAAAAAGGUGCCAUCAUCCACAAAAUCCGGAAAUACAUCGCCUAGUGCCUCUCCACAGGCACCCCAUAAUGAAGUGAACGAGAAAGAGCUAUCCGCACUCAAAGCCGUCAUCAAAUGCAUUGAGGACCACAAAAUCGAGCACCAGUUUCCCGUGGGCCCACUCAACAAACAGGUAGCCCAAAUCGAGAAGGCAAAGGCAGAAAAGAAACGGGCCACAGAAGUCUCCAAGCCACAGUCCAAAAGGCCACGUGCAAAUGCCGUAGCCCACAUACCGGCCCGAGUUCAUAAUGAGAAGAACAACUAUAGAAUAGCCGAGAGGUACCCACAACAACAGUAUAUUUACGAGAGACCAUAUGUUUAUCCUGGGCCAAACGAACACCGAAUCCCGUCUUAUGUGGGCCCGCCGGCUGCUUAUACGAGCUUUUCCCCUGGACAUGGCAACUUCUUUGGGAAUGGUUACCAGUAUCAGACCACCUAUUUGCACUGA